UCCUCAAUAACAGUAGUAAUUCUGAAUCACUGCGCGAAAAAAAGACAGAAGAGAGUAUGUGUAUGCAACUCAGCCUUUGACUUUUGGAAGCUGCAAUUUUCCUUCAUCGCUUUGCACGUCCUUCCAGCUUCGCGUAGUCAGGGCAGCAUUUGCUCGUAUGUAAGACUUAAUCCAGAGCCACUGGCUGGCGUGGAUUAGGAGGCUAAGAGGCUUGCGGCAAUAAUGCUGUCGCUGGCGGAGCACGCAGACCAGCUCAGCUCGGCGAUCCAGCUGCGGGGCAAUCUCGCAGGGGAGAGCGUGCUGGUGCUGCGCGCGCUGCAGGACAAACUUGCGGAGCUAAACGCCAAACUCGCGCCCAUCCAUGAGCGGGCCACUGCCCUCACAUGGGCCGAGGACAACAUCACCAAGGCGAAGCUUGCCACGGACGAGCUGCUGCGCCACAUCGAUGUGACUCGGAAAGUAGAAAGCGUGCUGCGGCUGGGCCCGGGCCGCAGCGAGGAGCAGCUGGAGGUGUUCCUGGGGGCUGUGGGGCGACUGGAGGAGGCGCUCGACCACCUGGAGGCAAACCUGGUGGAGGCUGUGACGCAGCCGUACGAGCACGCGGCCUCGGUGUAUGAACGCGCCAUGUCGGACUGCGAGGCGGACUUUGCGGCGGUGCUGGCGGCGCACGGCACAGCGCGGCUACCCUCAGCGGCGUGGCUGGCGGACAAGGCCGCGCCGGAGAACCUGCGGGCCUCCAUCGCCAACCCCGAGAUGGAGCUGCUGCCUGCCGCCGCGGUGGGGCGGGUGAGCCGGCUGGCCGAGGUGAUGCUGCGGGCGCGGCACGUGGCCUGCCUGGACACGUACGCGCAGGCCCGCAGCCGCGCCCUGGACAUGUUGUUGGCGCUGGUGGGGCUGGACCCCUCGACCCUGGGGCUGGCGGGGCCGGGGGCAGGAGGCGGCGGCGGCCGCGGUGGGGCCGGCAGCGGCGCCAGCAUGGGCGGCGGUGGGCUGGCGCUGCAGCUGCAGAGCGCCGACCAGCUGCAGCGGCUGGUUGUGGGCUGGUCCACUCAGCUGCGUGUGCUGCUGGUUGGCGCAUCCGCGGAGCUGGCGCUGGCGCAGGACGUGUGGCAGUCGCCGUACGACGAGGUGACGUUCAGCGAGACCAUCAGCCGCUCGCUGAGGCUCGUGCUGCAGGUGGGCAAGGCGGUGUGUGAGGGCCGCGGCGCGGGGCGCUCCCCGGACCGGCUGUUUGCGCUGCUGCAGAUGCACCAGUCCCUCAUGGAGCUGCUCCCCUACCUGGACGACCUGCUGUCAGCCCGCGAGCGCUGCACCGGCCUGCUCAACGAGGCGCACCUGCUGGGGGUCAUGAUCGGCCGGGCGGCGCGGCAGCUGUUUGCGGACUUUGAGGAGGCGGUGGGCGGGCGGGCGGGCGGCGGCGCGGGCCUGUCCGCCGCCGACGCCGCCGCCUCCAAGCUGACCAUGCUGGACGGCACCGUGCACCCCAUAUGCGCCACCACACUGUCCUUCCUCAAGCGGCUGUUCACCUACCCCAACGCCCUGUCGCUGCUGUUCGCGCCCUCGGGUGCGGGCGGCAGCGUGUCGGGUGGCGGCGCGGCGGAGGCGGCGGCGGCGGCGGCCGCGGCGGCUAGCAGCAGCAUCAUGCACAUCCUGAUGAGGCUGCUGGAGGCUCUGGAGGCCAAGGCGCGCGCCUACAAGUCUCCGGCGCUGGGGUCUCUGUUCCUCAUGAACAAUGUACACUAUAUGGUGUGGACCGUGGAGCAAGCGGCGGCAGCUGACAAGCAGAAGGCGUCGGCAGCAGCUGCAGCCAAGACCUCAGCCGCUGCCGCCGCCGAGGCGGAAGCGGAUGCAGAGGCGGCGUCGCUGGAGGCGGAGGGCGCGACCGUGCGGGCACGUCGCCGGGCGCGGCGAGCGGCUGAGGCGGCGGCUGAGGCGGCUGAGGCGGAGGCGGCGGCCGCAGCGGCUGCGCACCCCGACGCGGCGGUGCCUGGCGGACUGGCGGUGCUGGGUCGUGCCUGGGUGGAGCGACACAAGGACAUCGUGGAGCACUACGGCGCCGCCUACCAGGAGGCCAGCUGGAAGCCGCUCACAGAGCUGCUGGAGGCCGUGGUGGUCACCGAGACCGACAAGGAGCCAUCCGACCCGGGCCGCUUCAAGAACUGGGUCAAGUCCAAGUUCGCCAAGAUCAACACGCUAAUGGAGGGAGUGCUCAAGCAGCAGUCGUCGUGGACCAUCCCGGAUGCCAAGCUGAAAAAUGCAGUGCGCAAGGUCAUCAAGCAGGACGUGCUUCCACUGUACGGCGAGUUCUGGGAGCGCUACACGGAGGUGGACUUCACCACACACCCAGACAAGUACCUGCGCUAUCCGCCCGAGCAGCUGGAGCACGUCAUUGACCACACGCUUUUUGAAGGCCGUGCUGCGCCGCCGCGGGCGGGCGGCGGCGGCGGGCAGGCAGGUGGCGGCGGCGGCCUGCUCAGCUUCAGCAGCCCCGGCAGCGUCAAGAGCGCCGCGACGGGGCGCGCGGGGAAGGACGCAGGAGGGGGCGGUGGGGGCGGUAGCGCGGCGUUUCCGCCAGGUGUGCCGGCGUCCACGCAGAGCCGUGUGAGCAGCAAGGUUGGCAGCGUGCGUCGGUGAUGCAUGUUUUGUGAUGAGGCUUUGAUUGGUGUUUGGGGGUGAGUUCGAGAAAGCCAAGGGCGAUGGCUGAGGAGGACGCGGGUGACGGUCUGAGGAAGCGGUGACGCUGGUGAAGUGGGGGAACUGGCGGACGCCAGGGGUGGGUGGAGUAGACUGUCGAAGAUUUGCAAUUGCUUCAUUUGAUCGUAGGGCAGUAGGGCGGUGUGCCGUAUGCGUGCAAGCCCGCAAUGAUUUGAGGUGCUCCUGUUCAUGACAGGUCGAG